AUGAAAUUGCUCUUCUGGAGUUGGCCAAGUUAUGGUAACACACGUGAGCAAGAAUUUGCGUUUCGUGGUAUGACAGGUUGGGUAGUAGGCUUGAUCUUUUGGGCUUACUUGGGAGACGAAAAUGAUGGGCAACAAGAGCAACAAGAUCGAAUGAUAGCAGGUGCUAUUCGCUUGCCGAACAGGUUGUGGCCAGCUUUAGUCUUCAUUUUCUUCGUAUUCCUAGGAACUGAUUCAUCCAUCGUGCUCAACCUUGUAGCCUCGAUCAUCGGAUUUCUCUACGCCAAAAAAAGGCUAAGCUUUUUGAUACCAUCAGAUGAAAAAUUCUUAGAAUAUGAAGGCAAGACAUGGCUUCGAACUUUGACUAACUCUCCUAACUACGUCUCUAUUGACUCUGCUGGUGAAGGUUAUCUACCUAUUUUCAUACCCACAGCAUACCCUCCAAACAGUUCGACAACAUCGCAUAACAGCAAUAACUCACCGCGAACUCCUAAUUCGAGUUUUCCUGGCCAAGGAUAUCGAUUGGAUAGUUAA